AUGGGCAGCUGUGUGGCCACACUCCGCGGGGCACGGAAAGUGCCACUUGAAAGCCAGCGCCUGAAGAGCCAGAAAGAGGAUAAGGCUGACCUAUUGGAGGAAAUCGAUGAAGUACCCAGUUUUGCCAUCUACAUUAUUGACAACAAAGGCGAUAUCGAGGACUUCUAUGAUGUAGAGGAUACUAAGAUUGGUGAAGGCUCCUUCGGGCGGGUCUGCAGGUGCACGAACAAGUCCACUGGUGCGGAACGUGCCGUCAAAAUGCUGCGAAAAGUGCGCCGAAAGUCGCAGUUGAUCAUGUUUCAGAAUGAGCUCUCCACCUUAAAGAUGCUCGACCACCCACACAUUGUUAAGCUGUAUGAACACUUCGAGGACAAAAGGUAUAUGUACAUGGUCAUGGAGUACUGUCGAGGGGGUGAGUUGUUCGACCGGCUCUUGGAAGUGGGGCACUUUACGGAAAACCAGGCUUGCAGCACUGAGUGCCAGGGCCUUGUCUCCAGUGGCGAGUGGGAUCGUGGUACAAAGAGCAGGCAGAGGGAGAAGCUACGAGAAAACGAACGAGUUGAAACAGUCAUGGAUCGCAACGCUGGCGCAGCAGCAUCGGAACGAGCAGAAGCUGCUGCUUCUCAGGGAGGUGGUGAUUGGUUUGCUGGCUGCGUGCCUUUGGCGUGUUUGGGACAGGAAGAGGAUUUACGGCAGGUGCUGAAGAUGUUGUUUUGGCGCAGCUUGGGACGUGACCUCUCGGGCGUCCAGGCUCUUUCACCAUCAUCCUUGGAUUCAGAGAUACGCGUGGUGAGACUCUUUGGGCCACAACCGCCUGGACCUCUGCCUCUGAAGCCACUGGACGAAGAGGUCUUUGAGGACCUGGGACGGGGGCCCUUCGAUGUGGUUGCUGUCACCGACAAGCCUGAACGUGCACAUGCUCUCGUUGCCUCCUUGAAGUGGCCUCUGCGCUUGCGCCUGCUUCAGCCACCGGCAGAAGAGAGGCCUUGGAGAUACAGAUGGUUUGACUCAGAGCGAUACCUUUUGUCCUAUGUAACGCGCCUCACAAGAGCAGGGCUGGGUGACCGACUGGUUAUUUAUUCAGAUGCCUUUGACACAGCCUUCCUGGACUGCCAGAGAAAUCUGAACAAGGUUCUGGAAGAGCUCAAGCGGCCCAUAUUUUUUGGAGUUGAGUUCGACCUUUAUCCAGCUGGCCUCUUUGGCUAUCCCGCAGCCGCAGCAGGCAGCCAUUCAAGAGCCCGGCUGAACACAGACCAGUUGCGAAAGAAGCCAAUGCCUCGUUGCCGCGAAGUGCGUUUUGUGGAGCUGAUUUGGGAGCCCAGGCCUGCAGAUGACCAUGAGCCAUGCUUGGCUUGGUCUGAAGUGGGUGGAUUGAUGAGCAGUGGCUCCGAAUCAGCGCAGCCAGUGGCCGGAGAAUACCUCAAUGGUGGCUUCUAUGGAGGAAGAGCUGCAGAUUUGGAAGUAGCUCUGAGGAAGCUGCUGCAUCUUCAAGGCCGUUUACCGGAAGUCAAUGCACGCGGAGAAGCUUAUCAGAACCACGGAAAGACUCACCAAUAUCUUUGGAAUCAAUACUUGAUUGAGCACCCUGAGCAGGUUACAUUGGAUUAUGGAGGUGCCUUUGUGGUGAACCUGGCCCGUCGUUCAAUCUCUCCUCGUCAGUUUGGUAAAGAUGAGAUGGGAAGUAUCAAGUCCGUUCUAUUUCAGAAAGCUGUGUGCUUCAUCCACGCCAAUGCGGGGGGAUUUGCUGAUAUGACCUUUCAUCUUCUGCGCGUGGCCCAUUUAUUGAAGGCCGACUCGACCAGGUGGGCGGGCUUUCAGUCCCAACAGGAGCUGGAGGAGGCAGCCCAGCGAGGGCUGCAGGCCGACAAAUCAAAGGCAGAUCGGCUCAGCGUGGACCUCUCCUUGUGCUUCAGAGGUUUCCCGUUAGCCCCAGUCUGGCAAGGCCUGCUAAGCUAUCUUUUUUUGGUGACUCCUUACAAUGCUGCAACAUUUAAUGGCAUGCAGUUCUUCAUUGCUCGCCCGCUGGAACGCACACCUCAGCUGGCAACCUUUGAGAUUGUCGCCUUGCAGCGCGGCAUUGUUCAAACGCGGAGGGAAACUGGACGCGCGAAGCCUCCCAACGGCACGCACGAGUUUGAAGGGCGAAAUCGGUUUGAUACCCAGGUGUUUCAAAUGGACCUUCGUUCCGGUGACUGCUUGGCGUGGCGCUGCUUCCAGCGGUGUGACUUGACGUUCGCAGAGCUGGAGACACAGGCCUUUGGGGAAAGUCCACCUUCACAGAGGCUGGGCACAUGGAGUGGCCUAGGCAAAGACCUGGUGGUAGGAGCACGAAUCGCCUUGACGACCUGGCUGCCUCGACGCUACGCUAUAGGUGCCCAGGCUGAGAUUCGGGGCUUUAACUUCUACCAGGAUUGA